AGAAAAAGAAAAAAAAAGGAAAAAAACAAUGGCGUCUUCUUCUUCUUCGUCUGACGUACAAGUACGCCAUGUUUGGGCUUCAAAUCUGGAGGAGGAGUUUCGUUACAUCGAUAAGUGUCUGCCGCCCGAUCGCCGCCAGUUCACCUUCGUCUCGAUGGACACCGAAUUUCCAGGGACAAUUUACAACCCCGACGGGGUUCCACCACACAUGCGCGCCCCGGCGGAAUUCUACUCCAACAUCAAGCGAAACGUCGACGCGCUAAAAAUUAUCCAACUCGGCCUCACAAUAUUCGACAGGUACGGCAAUCUACCCCGCUCGGCGGAAACCGGUCGGGAACAAAUCUGGGAAUUCAACUUUCAAUUUGAUUCUGCCAUCGACCCUUAUAACAAGGAAUCCGUAUCCCUACUCGAGAAACAAGGGAUCGAUUUGUCACGGAACAAGAAAUACGGGAUCGACUCACGCGAGUUCGCCCUGCUGUUCAAGUGCUCGGAGCUGGGGAUGCGGUCAUAUUCCGGCAGGCUGGUCUGGCUCACCUUCCACGGGCCGUACGAUUUCGCGUACUUGACGAAGAUUCUGAACAACGGGUAUUUCAAAGGGAAUGUGUACGAUUUGAAGAGUAUGAUUCCGUUCGUCGGACUGCACGGGGGUUUGGAAAAGGUUGCGCGGAGUUUGAACUUGAAGAGGGUCGUCGGAAAAAGUCACCAGGCGGGCUCCGACAGCUUGCUGACGAUGCAUGCGUUUUUUGGGUUGAUGAAGAAUUGCUUGGAGAUGGGGGGUCGCGACCCCCGGGCGAGUAGUUUGAACUUGAUGAUCGCCAGAAAUACCGGUUUGGAGAUGAUGCAGACAUUAUUCGGGUUGUUCGGGUUGAUGAAGAGGAAUAGUUGUUCGGGUUUGGACGGGUUGCUGACGAUGCAGACGAUAUUCGGGUUGAAUGCUCGUGCCGUCUUUUGAGUUGCUGCGGGGAUUUUA